UUGCAUGACAGUUGGCUUUGUUUUGAUAGUUUUACUGCGUUUUGUUUUGCUUUUUCCCAAAUUUUCUCGUAUUUUCCUCUGUUUUUCCAACACAAAUUGGGUGUAAAGUGUUCAGAACUGCAGGAAGAUGAAUGCUCCACCUACCUUUGAGUCAUUCCUGCUGUACGAGGGCGAGAAAAAAAUAAUCAAAGAAUUGGACACAAAGGUCACAAAUGCUGCAAUUUUCACCGUCAACAAGGAAGAUCACACCCUCGGGAACAUGAUUAGAAACCAACUUCUCAAGGAUCCUAACGUCCUGUUCGCCGGAUAUAAAGUCCCGCAUCCCCUGGAGCAUAAAUUCGUAAUCAGAAUCCAGACAACAGCAGAAUAUUCCCCCCAUGAGGCAUUUACCAAUGCCAUCACGGAUUUGAUGUCGGAAUUGUCGCUGUUUGAGGAGAGAUUUAAGGAAGCAAUCAAGGACAAAAAAGACGGAGGUGAUUAGAAUGUAUGAAAUUGAUCUAAAAAUUUAAUAAUAAUUAUCUCACAAGAAACAAAA